UUUGCAUGCGUCAAAAUGCUAUUACGUGUUUGAUGACUAAUCAACGUGUCUCCUCUACUGCCAACGUCGCUUUUUCUAAUUUAUUUCUUCUUCAACUUUUUUUUCUUUUCCAGUUUCAGCCCCCAUCUACCAUUUAGCAUCAAGGAAGCUCUUGGACAUGAUCAGCUCUGCAUGAUUUUAAAUACAAUCAUGCAGACCCAGCAGCACUUUCAAAAAUCAGUCCCGAACGGCCGGGCGUCUGUCCGCAUUUAGAAAUAACAAAAAUGGUCUCCAUAGCAACGUAGAAAAUCGUUUCCUGUCAAAGUCCGGCACUACCUGCGCGAGUGUGAAAACAAAGGUCAUCUAGGUGCAGUGGGGGAGCCAAGGACGGUGCCACAGGCUUGUCGGUCCGGCGUUUGGACACCAGCAAGCCGGUCCGGCGCCAUGCGGGCAUAUUGCAGUCUGACCCUGUGCCUGAUGCUGGUGGUGACUGUAGGUGUGAUUCCUGUCGGAGGGGCUGUCGGACCCCAGUGCAGGCCAGAAGAAGGUCCAAUGAACGGGAGCUUGGCGGAUGUCAUCAGAGAGAAACAUCUAUUUCCAGAAGACAGUGCAUCCUACAGUCAGCAGCAGUGGCAACAUCUCUUCUCUCCUGUCUCAGUUCAGCCUGAAAUGAAGCAGCCAGAUCUCCCGAUAACAGUGAAUACAACUCCUGCCAUUGACGGUAACAUCUGCUUAGUUGAAACCAAUACUUCAUCAGCUAGUGAUUUCCAAAAUCACAGUAUCAUUCAGAAGUAUUUUCGAGAGGAAGAAUCUACAACAAAAGCCGAUACUACCCAUGGAACAGAGAACAAUUCUUAUGCAGCAGAGAUUUUCUCAGGGAGGAAGGCCAAGUCCUUCAACGGCGAUGACUGGAAUUCUUCAGUAGCUGGGCCAACGCUGGAGGACAACGAGGAGAAGAAAAGCAACUUAAACAAUAUAAUGCUUAAUGCCUCGAACGCUGCUCAAGCAACCAACAGAGAAGUCUGUCCGCUUGAAGAUUUUGACCUACAAACCAAUUCUUCUCGCUUACGUAACGUUUCCCUAGCUGCUGAACGCUCGCAAUCUUUUGGCCAAGAUGACCUCGCGAAUGAAGAUGUCUCGGAACUAAGCGCUUUAGAGGCAGCGGAUGCACCUCCCUCAACAGUUACUAGCACCCAUCUCUACCAGCCCGCUAUCAGUCAGCCUGCGAACAGUUCCACCACCUUCCCUCUAAAGAGCUAUUCUCUGGUUGUCAUUACGCCGGUUACAGAGAGCAUCAUCAUGGGUAUCAAUACAAGCCUGGACUGCAGCCCUGGUUCACUCAAACCAGAGUGCCCCAUCGUAGACUUCUCCCUGCAGGCACCUUCUACCGCCGUUACUGCAGCAGCCUUCACCUACGUCGAGGUCUUUGAAGCCCCCGUUCUAGGUCUCUACCUCGUCGUCUAUGGACAGCCCCGGGCAUACGAGGAGUCUCGUCUUAAUCUCAGCGGCACAACGAUAGGCACUCCUCUGGCUCAGCAGACGCCUUUUCUGACUCUCGUUCAGCUCUCGAAAGGUCAACGUUUGUUCGCGACCGUUGGUCCUGCACGGUCCUACAUUGGUCAGGUUCCACUUGGGUUCAUUCUGAUCCAGAAAUACUGAUUGGCCUUCUAUUAUCUCGAGUCGAUAAAAAGAAAACUGAACAGAGAGGGAGGAGGAGGGAGAGAGAGAGAGAGAGCUGUGGCUGGAGCUAUUGCAUGAUUCUUCGUAAAAAUUAAUAUAGACAUCCGCUGAGAAAAUUUCACAUCGUCCAGGCAGUUUAAUGUGGCGUGUUAGAACCGUGGGAAGCCACAAAACAUUACUAAUUUUUGCGAUCAGGAAACCGAACAAACUAUAUGUAACAAUCCUGGCGAGCAAGCAAUUACCGAAAAGAUAGAAUUAUCGUCAAAAUAGAUCCAAGUAUCACCCCCCCCCUCAUUUUUAGAUCUAUUUAGUAUAUCGAGGAGGCAGUUAUAACAACUGUAAUUUUCCUUUGGUUACGUGUUUUUAUUGCUUAUCAGUAUAAUUUCAAUGUUACGGACAUCUCCAUUAUUGUACACGAUUAUUUUUCUACUCGCAUACAGCCAAUAAAUGUUAAAAAGAUGGAUAGCAUGAUUUAUCAAUUGUUGACCAAUCCGGUGCUUAUUUUUUUAACCGUAUGUGCUUGAUAUAGGUGAAGUACUAUCCUCGUCCAUUUUCUGUAAUAUUUUUCUGGGAAAAGAAAUAAUUUACUGCUAGACAAUAAUUUGGAUAGUCGUGCGUGUGAUUGUGUGCAGCAUAUGUACAUCUGUGCUUAAAAUGAGUGUGCCCGAAAACGUUAUGCGCGAUGAGCAUGUUUGUACUUGAACAAAUACAACUGGUACAGGCUAAUACAAUAAAUUAUGCCACCUCCAGUCCACAAAACAGUGGGAUAAAAUUUAAUAAUAGAAAGCUAGCAACGAAAAAACAGAGGCGGGUAAUGCAAAAUUUAAAAUCGCAGAGGACGGUUCACAAAUCGUCGCGAUCUGUUAACCAUUAAUUUAAGUAUGAGUAAUAUAGUUCUAUAGCAAAAGUUACUAGAUUAUAUUUUUAUUCAGAUUUAAAAAAAAGUAAAAUUACUGAUAACAACGGCGGCAAAAAAAAAAUUAUUUCUCUUCCACUGAUUUGUGAUCUUUACAAACAAGGGUUUGAGGAACUAGAGUGCUUGCCCCUGUUCAUUUGCCCAUGUGCGAUAUAUACGAAAGAAGAUGGCGGAAUGUUGUCGCCAGAGAAUAAAAUGAUAGAAUUUUAGGACCAUGUUCUCAGUUUAGGGCAGCAAAUAUGGAUGUACAGACAAAGUGUGUGGUUUCCCAGGUUUUUUUCCUGGACGUUGGUGACUUGGAUGCUGCUGAAAUUCAGCGUAUCUGCAAUAUAUUAGGGGUUCCGGAACCUGAGCUGCAAGCGUCACCUAUGGCCAGAGGGGAAACUCUGCCUGCCCAUCCGCCACCUGAGCUUGACAAAGAACCAGAGAGCAACUGUAAGAUAUGGGCAUCUGAAGCAGAGGGUGAACCAAGCAUGGGUCCUUCAGUCUUGACAGCUGAUGCUUCUUGUAGUGAUGUUGAAAAUGUUAACCAGUCACCUCAUUCUGAAGCUCCACAACAGUUUGGAGAUGUCGUCUCUAAUACUGGACAUAACAUUUAUAUGGCAGAACACAAUCUUACCAUUCCGCCUCCAAUGCAGACCUUGGUUCCACUUGGGAUGCAUCCAGUUGUUGUGACAAACGCUCUGGGGGUGUCUGGCGUUACAAAUGUCUGCAUGGUUUCUGUUCCUGCCGGCAUCCCGGCUUUGCCUGGGAUUCCUGUCCAUGGUCUCCCACCUUUCUUGCCACAUCCUGCUACGUUCCAUGGUGAUCCAGCAGACCUCAACUUCUUUCAGAACCAUCCACCACCCAACAUGUCACGAAUGAAUCCCCAUGUGCAGGAGUUUGUUCCAGGUCGUGAUUACAUUAUGCGUGAUGAUAGUUGUCAGUCUAUGCCUGCCCUUCAUCCUCACCAACAGAUGCCUCCACAGCACCUUCCCCCACCUGUUGCAUUUGUGACCCCCAGUUAUGCAAAACUUUCCACUACCCAUGUCACAGGUGCCUCACACCCAAUCCAGGGUUUUCCUUCUGAUGGGCAUCCCAGUGGAGGACAACUUUUUAUGGUAGAGUCAGAUUCUGUUCCACCACCUGGUGUAGCAGAUGUGUUUGAUCCCUCAAACGUUGGAGAACCUCUUGUGGCAAAUGAUUUUCAGGAGGUGCAGGGACUUUUUCCUCAUGUAGCAAACAGUACUGUCUUUAGUCAUCAUCCAGUGCCAAAUGCUCUGCAUUUACAAGAGCAAUCCCUCUGCAGAAAUAUGCCAGUGGAUGUUCUUCACAUGCCAGCAUCAGGUGUGAAUGCUGUUCCUGACAUUAUACUUGGUGAUUUUGGUGCAGCCAGCAGCCACUGCCCUUCUGCCACCAUACCAGACCUUGCUGCUGGAGACAACUUGUUGAACAGCAUUCCUGUCAAACAACAUACAAGACAGUUAUUGUCAGCAGCAACAAGUAUGCCUAACGAUGCCUUGUCAAACUCUGCUGUUGCCGCAACACUGGAAAACAGCAGUGACCCACAGGUGCAGCCAUUUGAUAGUGGGCUGGGGAACAAUUCCUGGGGACGCCCAUUUGUGGGCAGUAAUGUAGUGAAUAUCAGUGAAAAACCUUUAGAAGCUCUGCCAAAAGAUGGACAAGAAAGUGUAAUGUCAGAAGAUGGGAUUGUGCAGAGUGAUAAUGCUGCAGAUUCUUCAGCAGAUCAUACUAAAAGGGAACUCACUGGAUGAGAUUCCCAAUAAAAGUGUUGUCAAAAAAGACA